AUGUUCGCGGGCACUACAGCUGCUCGAGGACUCGCAAAACUCCCUGGACCUCGCGGCUGGCCGCUCGUUGGCUACUUGCGUCCCAUCGAGAAACCCGUGUGUGUCACGUACAGACAGUGGAGCGACGACUAUAAUUCCGACAUACUAGGUACGAAUAUGCUGGGGACCAACAUCGUCAUAGCGAACACUCUCAAAGUCGCAACUGAACUCUUGGAGACUCGAUCUGCCAUCUACUCUGACAGGUGUCUUACUAUGCUGAGAGAGCUUAUUGGAUUCGACUGGAAUCUGGGACUGGCACGAUAUGAUUCGUACUGGCGCGACCUAAGGAAGGGGGCGUCUCAAGGAUUUCACCCUCAGGCUAUCGUGCGCUAUCGGCCGACAGAGAUCAAAGCGACACUCAAGCUCCUCCGCAACCUCAUUGAAAUGCCGGAAGACUUCCGAAGGUGCAUCAAAUACUUUGCAGGGCAGCAAAUCUUACCCAACACGUACGGUCUGGAGAUCCAGGACAGCAACGACCCGUACAUUGCAGCGGCCGAGCGGGCGGUACACAUCGCCGUUGCAUGUGUGGUGCCGGGCACAUUCCUGGUAGAUCUCAUUCCCAUGCUGAAAUAUGUUCCAGAAUGGUUCCCUGGUGCUGGAUUCAAGAGACAAGGUCGAGAAUGGCGGAAAGAUGUGGACGUUGCGUUUAAUGCGGCGUUUGAUGCAAUGAAGGUGGGAGCCCGGGAUGAUAUUCCGUCAGACUGCAUGGCAAGGCCGCUCCUAGAGAAGAUGCUCGGCCAUGAGGACCCUGCGUAUGCGGAGAACGUCGUGAAAGCGACACUGGGCUCGAUGUAUAUAGGUGGAGCAGACACGACCACAUCCACCCUAGAGACGUUCUUCCUCGCUAUGACAUUGCACCCUGAGGCCUUGCAAGAGGCACAGCGCUCUGUGGACCGGGUAUGCGAGGGACGACUGCCCGACUUCUCGGACUACGACGCGCUGCCGUGGAUACAUGCUAUCGUGAGGGAAUGCCUACGCUGGCGACCAGUCGGCCCGAUGAACUUGGCGCACACGUCGACCAAGGACGACAUCUAUGAGGGCUAUCAUAUCCCGAAAGGCUCGCUUGUCCUCGCGAAUGUUUGGGCAAUCUUACACGACCCUGAGGCAUACACCGAUCCAGAAGCCUUCAACCCGCGACGAUUCCUCCGACCACGCCCGGGCGCAGACGCAGCGGACGCAGAGGACGUCGAGCUCGACUCGACGGUACGCCACCCGAUGGUGGCAGCUUUCGGCUUCGGGCGUCGUAUCUGUCCUGGGCGUCACAUGGCGUAUGAGUCGCUCUGGAUCGCGGUCGCGAGCGUCGUUGCUGCAUUCGACAUAACCAAAGCCGUCGACGCAGACGGUGCGAUCGUUGAGCCAAGUGGGGAGUACACGGAUGGGUUCUUAUCGGCGCCGAUGCCGUUUAAAUGUUGUAUUCGUCCACGAUCGCCCACGCAUGCGGCGAUGGUGCAGGCUGCGCUAGAGCAGGAAGGGUGAAGCAGCUAGCUGUAGAGAGUAGUCCUCCGUCAAUCCUCCUCGAUGAUGGCUCAACUACGGUUUAAUUAUGACGACUGCACUUGCCACGAUGGCUAUACAUAUAUUAUUGGGGCAUGCAUCCUCCAGCAGCAGCGCGCAAAGACAUAGUAAGAAUCUACCUGAGGUAAACCUCACU